UAUCCCGUUUAACCCUAGAGAGAGUCCCACCAUGGCCAACCAUAAAGCCUCUCCUUAGACCUUCUCUCCUUCAAGACCACAAAACCGAGAGAAAAUUGAAGGCAAAAAGGAAGCUCCACCGCCACCUUCACCGCUGCCGACGCCAUCUCAGGGCCAUGGCCUCGACGGCCACAUUGCUGCGUCCACUCCUUCUAGUCCUCUUCUUGCUUCUCUGCGGCUUCUUUGAACUGGUGAAGCCAGACCUAGCUGGCGACAAGGCGGCACUGCUAACCUUACGGUCCGCUGUGGGGAGGUUCCUCCCUUGGAACCAGUCUGACUCGACCCCUUGCGCAUGGCAGGGCGUCGAGUGUGGCGGCGGCCGAGUGACGGCCCUCCACCUCCCCGGCCUCGGCCUCAUGGGCGUCAUUCCCUCCGGCGUCUUCGGCGCCCUCACUGCCGUUCGCACCGUCAGUCUCAGGUUCAACGCCCUCUCGGGACCUCUCCCCUCGGACUUCGGCCAGCUCGCCGACCUCCGCAACCUCUACCUGCAGCAGAACCACUUCUCUGGCCCCAUCCCGCCUGGACUCUUCGGCCUCCAGAAGCUCGUCCGCGUCAACCUCGCUGCAAACAACUUUUCCGGCGAGAUCCCCCCUGCAUUUAACAACCUUACUAGGCUUGCCACACUCAUUCUCGACACCAACGAGCUCUCCGGCUCCAUUCCCGACCUCAACCUCACGAACCUCGCCGUCGGCCAGUUCAACGUCUCGUUCAAUCGACUCAACGGAACUAUCCCGACAUCGCUUAGCCGCCUUGGCGCCGAGUCGUUCGCUGGCAACCUCGCCUUGUGCGGGAAUCCCCUCCCUCCCUGCCCCGGAGUCGCCAUUAAUCCCUUCCCCAACUCUACCACCGGCUCGGGUGGUGGCGAAAACGGGAAUGCCGGCCAGGGGAAGAGGCACCGGAAGCUGUCCGGUGCUGCCAUCGCCGGAAUCGUGAUCGCCUGCGCAGUGGCAGUGGUGGUGCUGGUAUACAUUUGCUUGAUGUGCGUUGGGAAGAAGCAGAGCAACCGACGGAAGACUGGCGCUAUCGAUAUGGCCGCAGUGAAGCCGCCUCCGCCGGAUCCAGUGGGGCUUGAUAAGUCGCUGGACGCGGAAGAAGGCAAUGUGGGUGGUGCUGCUGCUGCUGCUACAGGGUUAAAGGAGGAGUAUGGUGUUGCCGAGAAGGCGGAGGUGGCUGCUGCCGCUGCCGCUGCUGCUGCUGGCGGGAAGAAGUUGGUGUUCUUCCCUGGUUCAAGACGGGGCUUCGAUCUGGAGGACUUACUCAGGGCCUCGGCGGAGGUUCUGGGGAAGGGGACGUUCGGCACGGCGUAUAAGGCUGUCCUUGAAGGCGGGAGUGUGGUGGCGGUGAAGCGGUUGAAAGAUGUGAGUAUGAACCAGAGAGAUUUUGGUGAACAAAUAGACAAGAUCGGAUCUAUGGUGCACAGGAAUCUGGUUCCCCUACGGGCCUACUAUUACUCCAAGGAGGAGAAGCUCCUUGUGUAUGAUUACAUGUCUAUGGGAAGCUUAUCUGCAUUGCUUCAUGGAAGCAGAGGAGCAGGCAGAACACCACUCAACUGGGAGACAAGGUCGCAGAUUGCCCUGGGAGCAGCAAGGGGAAUCGAAUAUCUCCAUUCUCAAGGCCCUAACGUCUCUCAUGGCAACAUCAAGUCUUCCAAUGUGUUGCUGACGAAGGAGUAUGAUGGCUGCGUUUCUGAUUUUGGCCUUGCCACACUCGUUUCCUCUGUGCCUUCGACUAAUCGUGUGAUCGGCUACCGAGCGCCAGAGGUCACUGAUCCAACUCGAAUUUCUCAGAAGGCAGAUGUUUACAGCUUCGGAGUGCUGCUGCUUGAACUCUUGACAGGGAAGCCACCUGCUCAUGCAUUGCUCAAUGAGGAAGGUGUCGACCUGCCGAGAUGGGUGCAGUCUGUUGUCCGGGAAGAGUGGACUGCCGAGGUGUUUGAUCUUGAGCUCUUGAGAUACCAGAACGUUGAAGAAGACAUGGUUCAGUCGCUACAAUUGGCCAUGGAUUGUGCUGCAAACUACCCGGACCAGCGGCCCACAAUGAAGGAAGUAGUGAGAAGGAUUGAAGAGCUCCGCCGAAAUGUUACCAGCGGCCAUGAUGACGUGGAAGGAGCACACUCUUCGCAGAGGACAGCCAACUCUAUCGAGGACACAGGUAGUAAUGCCCCACCUCCCCUCCGAGCCUGUUUGAUUGAUCUAAAGGCACAAGCAAAUGAAGGUAAGCCGAAGGUGGAUGUUUUAGCAGUCAUUGUUGGUUAACGAAACACUUAAAAAAGAGUUCAUUAUCAUUUCACCAUCCUCACAAUGGUGGUGUUCCUUCUCAUUUCUUUUCCUUUUUCCUUCAUUUCUUGUGUACUUUACUUUUGGUGUUACCAUCGAGGUGUGAUUUUAGAAAGGGGAAUAAUGGGAAGCAGGAGAGAUGGGCUUUAUGUGUUGGUGGAUGCUGGUUGCCUGUUGUAAUUACCUCUUUUCCUUUUUCUUUUUCCCCUUCUUUCUUUUCUCUUCUAUCUAAAGAAACUCUUGUAAUUUCUCUUGUUUUUCACUUUUCAAGGAAAGUUCCUCGCUGUCAA